GAACGCAUGGCAGGUCAAUAUCCUGCCCACUUGGAAAGGACCAUUUGCAUUACGUUGCCUUGGGAAGCCUAUUGGCGUGCAGAUCGUCGCUGUUGGCAUUGCUGGCAUGGGGGCGAGGCUGCCGACAUCACGGCAUAUAGUCAGCUUGAGCAUUCACAUUUCUUGGAGGGGAAAGUUCUGGAUGCUCUGACCGAACUGCGGCAGCCUUGGACCUUGAGCUGA